UAGGAAUUUGAAGUAUCCAGAAAUAAUUUAGUAUUUUCUUUCAGAUGACUCAACAGAGGAGGGAAAUAGUACAUCUGUAUUAGCAACAUUAGCUGCCCUGGCAGAAGCCACAGCUCAAAACACAAUUACAAGCUCAAGUAAUUCCGAUGCUAUAAAUUGGUUAGAAAGUCAGGGAAUCACAAUGAUCUCCACUUCUGAUGGCAAUAUCAUAACAUCUGCUGUAGAAAGUGGACAAACUAUUACACUUACAGAGGCAGGUAAAAUAGCUUUAAACAUUAUAAAACAACAAGGAUUGAAUCCUGAUGAGGCGGUAUUACAAGGAGUUACAACUGUAAAAGAUGAGGAAGGGAAUGUCACAUAUGUGACGGAAGGUGGUGAGAUCACGACAGCUGAUGAUCUGCAGACUGUUACGUCAAUGCCAAACUCUGUUAUAAUACAGGAAGUUACUGAAACUGAUGAGCCAGCUUGUAAGCGUCAGAAGUUGGAAGAGGAAGAAGAACAGAUUGAGACCACAGAAAUUGAUGUUGAUGCUAUGUUGCAGAAGAACGGUACAGGCGAUGCAACAGAACUGGUAGAUGAAGAAACAGCUCAGGACAAACUAAAGCGAGAGCUUGAAGAAAUUAAAAGACAAGCUGAAGCUUUUAAAGAACAAUUGAAACAAAAAGAUAAAGACUUAGAAGAGUAUAAGAAAGCACUAGGAGAAAUAUCGGAUAAAUCAGACAGUGAAAAAUGAUAAAGAUAGGAUUAGUGUGUUAAGAUCUAUUGAUGUGAUAACAUAGAAUGAAAUGAGUGUGUGCCUUAAGCAAAAUUGGUUUGAGAUGUUAUAUCAAAGUGUGAUAUGGAAAAAAAUUAUGUGGCAAUUUUAAGGGGAGAUGAACCAUGUAGGCAUUUUAUCUUCAUCGAAUGUGCCAUACAUCUUUCAGUUGUUGAAUGAAUGUUAGAAUGAAACAUGGAAAAACUGUAACACCGUUGGCCUUAGAUGCAGAUACGAUAAUGUACAAAGAAAUUUGACAGACCAUAGUUUCUGUCUUACAGUUGUAUCAGGCACCAAGAAUAAUUAUUUUAAGCAUUUCCUCCACAAGGAAAGCAUUUUGUGUUAACUGAAGGAUGUAAACAUCAGUCUCAAUACUUCACUGAAACAUUUUUUUUUCGUUUCCUCCUAAACGUUAGCUCUGACUAUAUGGGGUCUGUAGUUUCUUUUACUGUGUCUGAUUCCAAAAUGACACGUUGACAUUCUAGGUAAAUGAAAUUAAAUCUGCAUAAAGGUAAAAUACUUCGUUUUCAAAUUUUAUGGCUGUUAUUUCUUACCAAGAAAUUCAUUUUCUGUUCAUCCAUUGAUGUAAACCAGUCGCAAAGUUUUGUGGAAAAUCACUGAUCCAACAAAUUGAAUAAAGUGGGCUUUAUCUACAUGCAUUUUGAUAACUGUAGAUGAAGUUAAAUUCUUGUAUUUAAUUUCCCGAAAUUGGCAGAUUAAAAUUAUAUUGAUUUAUUUUUGCAGUAUGUUCUUUGGAAUUUUUUUAUUUUUUUAAUCGUUUACAUAGAUGUUUUCUGCCUGAACAUAUAUUGAUUGAAGUGUGGUCUUGCAUGUAAAUCUUUUGAUUAUUUUUAGGGUUUUAUCUGACCAUAAAUUCCAUACAAAGUUAAUAUUAUUUGUCAUGCGUUAGGUAGUUUGUUACAUACUUGUACCAAAUUCACCAUGAAGCAGACUACUAUUUUGCAAAACAAUAAAAUUGAUACAGCA